AUGAGGGCUGCCCCUGGCCACUGGCUGUCCCUGGCCACACUCCUGCUCUGCCUCCUCCUGCAGCAGCUGGGCAGCAGCAGGGCAUGGAAGCAGCACGCCCCACGCCUCCGCCUCGCCUACAAAGACCUGCUGAAAUCCAACAGCUCUCACCUCUUGCUGGCCUCAGGGGAUGGGAUGGAUUUCCAAGCCCUCUUGGUGGAUGAAGACAGGGCCUGGCUGAUGGUGGGAGCAAAAAACCAUAUCUUCCUUCUCCACCUGGACCAUCCCAGCAGAGAGCCUGAGAAGAUUUUCUGGCCAGCCCCCAGGGAGCAGGUCGAGCACUGCCAGCUGGCAGGGAAGAACGUGGAGACCGAGUGUGCCAACUUCAUCCGCCUCCUGCAGCCCUACAACCAGAGCCACGUGUUCGCCUGCGGCACCGGCUCCUACCAGCCCGUCUGUGCCUUCAUCCAGCUGGGAGCCCGGGGCAAGGGUGCCUGGGCUCCCCGCAUGCAGCUGGUGACCCACUCCUUGGAAUCGGGGCGAGGACGGUGCCCCUACAGCCCCCACGAGCCCUUCACGGGACUCCUCAUCGGUGGGGAGCUGUAUUCAGGCACCUCCAGUGACUUCAUGGGCAGCAGCGCUGCCUUCUUCCGGACCUGGGUGCAUGGGGCUGAGCAGAGCUACAUCCGCACGGAGCAGAACCAGGACCACUGGCUGCACGAGCCCGUGUUUGUUGGUGCCUACACCAUCCCUGAUACCUACAACCCCGAUGAUGAUAAAGUCUACAUCUUCUUCCGUGAGACGGCCAUGGACGCUGGGCAGUGGGAGCAGCGGCACAUCCACGCCAGGGUGGCCAGGGUCUGCAAGAACGAUGUUGGAGGGAAGCGCGGCCUCAUCAACCGCUGGAGCACGUUCCUGAAGGCCCGCCUGGUGUGCUCCAUCCCAGGGCCUCAGGGCACUGAGACCCACUUCGACCAGCUGGAGGAUGUUUUCCUCCUGCGCACCCGCGACCCCCAGAACCCCCUUGUCUUUGGGCUCUUCACGGUCUCCAGCGGCGUCUUCAGUGGCUCUGCCGUCUGCAUCUACUCCAUGGCUGCCGUGAGAGCCGCCUUCAGCGGCCCCUUCGCACACAAGGAGGGAUUCGACUACCGCUGGGUGGAAUACAAGGGCCGUGUCCCCUACCCCCGCCCCGGCACGUGCCCCAGCGAGACCUACGACCCCCUCCUGCAGUCCACCAAGGACUUCCCCGACGAGCUGAUCAGCUUCAUGCGCAGCCACCAGCUGAUGUGGGAGCCCGUGUACCCGCAGGGCCGGCAGCCCGUGCUGGUGCGGGUCAAUGUGCCCUACCGGCUGCGGCGGCUGCUGGUGCACCGGCUGGACACGGAGAGCCGCGACUACGACGUGCUCUUCCUGGGCACAGAUGACGGCAGAGUCCUGAAGGUGGCCCUGGCCGGCGGGGCGAGCCGCGGCCCCGAGGUGAUCAGCCUGGAGGAGAUCAGCGUCACUAAGGUACCUUCUCCCAUCCUGGACAUGAAGUUAUCACCAAAGCGGCAGGAGCUGUUUGUGAGCAGCACCCAUGGGCUGCUCCAGCUCUCCCUGUACCGCUGUGAGCUCUACGGCAAAACCUGCACCGACUGCUGCUUGGCCAGGGAUCCCUACUGCACCUGGGACAGCAAGACCUGCGCCCCUCACCUGCUCAUUGAGAAGAGGCGUGCCCGCUGCCAGGAUGCGCUGAAAGCUGACCCGCUCAGCCAGUGCCAGGACACGGCAGAGGGGACAGCCGCGGUGGACAAGGUGGUUUUUGGGGUGGAGAAGAACUCGACCUUCCUGGAGUGCCUGGCGCGCUCCCCGCAGAUCACGGUGCGCUGGCUGGUGCGGCGCGGCGAGGAGACGGCCCCGAGCGAGGUCAGGAACAACGGACGUUUCUUGGUGCUGGAGCAGGGGCUGCUGAUCCGCCAGCUGUCGAGGGAGGACAUGGGCACCUACGAGUGCCAGGCGGUGGAGCGCUCCUUCUCCCGGCUCCUCACCCGCUACAGCCUCCGCCUCAUCCGGCACGAGGCCGCGGAGCUGCCCCCGUACAAAAGGAGCAAGGAGCCGGGAGGGACCCAGCAGAGCCCCCGGCCCCGGACUGAGCUGCAGCCGGGCUCCAAGGGCUUCCCGCGGGCCCUGGGCGCCCCGGGCACCAGCCUGGACGCCUACUGCAAUGCCCUGCGGCUGCAGGAGCGGCAGCGGCAGCGGGCCUGGCACAAGUGGCAGCACCAGGCCCCGGACAGCAAGAACGGCCGGGUGCGGAGGCACCCGCAGCGCCUGUGAGGGCAGAGGGGGCCCGGGCUGCCCACAGCUCCCUCCCCGGUCUCUCCAGGGCCCUCCUCGCACGUCGGCACCAGCUCCGGGACACUCUGGCCUUGCCGUGCAGAGCCGCCUCGCUGUUACUACCUCAGUCCCCGCCAGCCCCGCUGCCUCUCCGCGCCCCACGGGGCACCGGGGCCAGGGCACGCAGCCCGCGCCGCCUCCCCGAGGCUCAGAGCUAUUUACCUGCAGAAUAUUUAUUGUCCUUGCUUUCCCCUGGCUUUGACUGACGAUCAGCAGCAGCAAUAAUAACCACAGAGGACAGGGAGGGGCAAGGGCCAGCCGUGUGAUGCCUCCCUCGGCCCCAGAGGCGGCAGGAUGUUCACCUGGGUGGCUGCCGAGGUGUGGAUGGAGCCCAGGUGCUGCUGGAAGCAGCAGGACCCAGUUGCUGGCUGAGGCUGGGCCCCAGGUGUGCAGAGGAUGCUCAUGCCCAGCCCAGCUCCAACCCACUUCAAACGACACCACUUUCCUUUUUUCAUUUUGACAUUUAUUUUACUGGGAAAAAAAAAAAAAGGAGAAGCAACAGGCAGUUAUACCAACUUACAAUUUAUUAUUUUUUUAAAAAAUGACAUGAAACACAAGUAAAAAUAAAUACAUCAUAUAAACAACAAAUUGUUCAAAGUCUCUGUUCUGGGAGAUCAGGCGAGCACAUCCCGUUGGACAGAGAGAAGAGGGAAGCACAUGAUCAUGCGUGGGGCCAACCAACCGACCUGCCCGGUAGCAAUACUCUUUCCAACCACAAGAAGACAGGCCACAAACUAAGGCGGUAGUAAAAAAAGGAAGAAAAGAAAAAAAAAAACAAAGAAAAAGAAACCCAAACCAACAGAAAACCCCAAUGAGACUCAGUGAUGGAUUCUUUCAGGCUCCCAUGGAUGUGCCAGACUCCAGCUCCGAGCUGGACACCAUGAAGCGGCACCAUGAGGCAGUGGUGGUUGUCUGGGAGGUGGCAGAGUUGCUCUCCCUUGCCUGCGCCGCUGUCCCUUCACAGGGAGUGCUUGCUUCAAGGUGCAAGGAGCCAUCCCUCACUGGAAUCUAGCUGGACUAUGGUCCCUGUUCAACCUCUGCCCCCCACCCCAGCCCUCCCUCACCCAUGGUCCUUCCAAGACUGGAUCAACAAAAUUUAUUCCAGGGUGGCGAGAAAUACCAGCUGUGAAGGUAUUUGCUGCACUUGUCCCUUUUGGCCUGGAAGCCACCCCCAAACCAGCAGCAAUCCUCACUCCUUCAGCCUCUUGAAUUUGUUGCCCAGAGAGGCUGUGGCUGCUCCAUCCCUGGAAAUGUCCAAGGCCAGGCUGGACAGGGCUUUGAGCAACCUGGUCUAGUGGAAGGUGCCCCUGCCCAUGGCAGGGGGGCUGGAACAAGACACUCUUUAAGGUCCCAUCCAGCCCAAACCAUUCUAUGAUUCACAGACAUCAUUAAGUCAAAGUACACAUAAUUUCUAGUGAAGACCCCAUGGAAAUCCCACCCUUUGCUUGCCAGAACAUUUGCUUUCUCCAAGUAGCUGCACCCAACCUCCCCACCCUCCCAGACACUCCAGGAAAAUGUGCAGCAGAUCCUGCCCAACACGGGCCAGGCUGGGCUGUAUUGUGCCCACCCUGUAGCCCCCCAGGAAGCCCCAGGAGCCACAGCAGCAGUGGGGGCAACAAGCCCACCAAGCCCAGGGCACAGAGCAGCACCAGCCGCCCCGUGCCCAUGGCACUGUCCCACAGCGGUACCCAGCCUUCACCCAACUGUCCCCAGGAGAGCAAACCUCCCACCAAAGGCAAGGGCCAAGGGCUGGGUGCCAGCGUAGAGGCCAGCUGGCCAUUGCCAAGGACUCCACACAUCUGCCCUGGCCUUGGGCUGUGCUCAGAAAUCUUCUUUACUGUCCAAAACUCUCUGCAGAGAGUCUUGCGCUGCUGUCCUCAGUGUUACCCGCAGCCCCUCUGAGAACCAGCAGCUGCUUCCCAUCAGGUCAUUUGGAGACAGAAAUUCAGCAGCAAAAGAAGAAUUUAACCCAUGCAGGUAAAGCCCCUGUUCC